AUGCAAGGAUGGCCGGGUCAACUCCCAGGUGUCGAGGAGCCUGCAGGCAAGCGGCAGCGGCUCCAGGAGAGCUUCGGAGCUGGCUUUGGCACAUGGCCAGACCCGGGCGGCUCGUGCGGUAGCGGUGGUGCCUGUGGCAGCUGUUCCGGUCUGGACCAGUCUGCUGCCAUGGGUGCACCAGGUUGCGGUUUGCCAUGGAGUGGAGGCUGCGGGAUGAAUCCGAUCCAAUUCGCCCAGAUGCAGAUGGCUCAAAUGCAGGCCAUGGCUGCGUUCACCGCGAAAGCGGAGGAGCCUCCAGCGCCAGCUCCGGUGGACACAGAAGAAAGAUAUUAUGGACUGAUUCGAGACUACAAUGAGAGUCAGGGAUUCGGUUUCAUCGAGUGCGAGGACGCAAAGUUUAGGUACGGAAUGGACGUCUUCAUCCACAGGCGGCAAAUGUUUGGCCUGGCAAAGGGAGAUGAGGUCAGCUUCGUGAUUGUCCGAAAUUCCCAAGGCCAGCCUCAGGCUAGACAUGUCAUCAAGAAGGAGGAGACUGCCCGGAUCUUGGAAAAGAGGAAGGACCGAGAAAGAAGAGAGGCUGCAAAGCUCCAAGCCAAAAAGCAGGCCUCUGAAAAGGUCUUUACGCCAAGCAACUUGGAAGGCAAGGUCAUGUCUGAAGAAGAGGCCCGAAGAUUUCAGGCUUCUUUGAAACGGGGCAGAUGA